AUGUGGUAUAACGUCUCCGAGCCAAAUGAGUACCUGGUCAUCACCGGUGCUGGCAUCCAAGAUGUCCUCAUCAAAAAGACGGCCUUUCUCCUACCAUGGCAGAAGUGUACUCGUAUCUCCAUCUCGCCCUUCGACUUUUCCCUCAACUUGCAGGCUAUGACCAUCGAGAAACUCCAGUUUUCUCUUCCUGCAGUCUUCACCAUCGGUCCAGACAACAACCUCGCCUCCCUUAAAAAAUACGCCCUCCUGCUCUCUGGAAAAUCUGGCCGCCAGAGCAACUCCUCCCAUGCGUCUGGAAACUAUGUUCAGGAUAUCGUCAAAGGUAUCAUCGAGGGUGAGACUCGAGUCAUCGUCUCGGGCAUGACAAUGGAAGAGAUCUUCAAGGAACGCCAGCUCUUCAAGCAACAUGUUAUCGACAACGUUCAAAAGGAACUAGACCAGUUCGGUCUCAGAAUUUACAACGCCAACGUCAAGGAGCUUCAGGAUGCCCCCGGAAGCGAAUAUUUCACUUAUCUUAGCCGUAAGGCCCAUGAAGGUGCCCUCAACCAGUCCAAGAUCGAGGUCGCCGAAGCUCGCAUGAGAGGAGAAAUUGGAGAAGCAGAGAAACGAGGAAAGACCAAGCAAGAGAUAUCCAGAAUCGACGCUGAGACUGCAGUCCUUGAGACCAAGCGUCGAAGUGAUAAGCUCCAGGCCGAUGCCCAGCUCACCAACCGCCAGACUGAGCUCAACAUGGGAAUCGAGCUUGCAAGAAUCCAGGCAAAGCGUCAUGCCGAAGCAAAGGAUUCUGAGCUUCAGAAACACGUCGAGACCAAGCGUGCCGAGACCGAGCUCGAGAGACUUCGAGCACUCGAUGUCACCAAGAGCAAAGCCGCCAGAGAGGCUGCAGAACAGACCGCUGAAGCCACCUACUUCAGCCGCACAAAGGAAGCAGACGCCAGCUUGUACCGCAGCAAGAUGGAAGCCGAUGCAACCUACUAUCGCCAAACCAAAGAAGCCGAAGCUGCGUUCUACGCUAAACAGAAAGAAGCCGAGGCCAUGGCAGAAAUGGCAAAGGGCUACGGAGCCAUGGCCGAAGUUCUUGGAGGACCACAAGGUCUUCUCCAAUACAUGAUGAUCCAAAGCGGUACCUACGAGAAGCUCGCCAAAGCAAAUGGCCAAGCCAUACAGGGUCUUCAGCCCAAGAUCUCCGUCUGGAACACCGGAAAUGCAGACGGAAAUUCCAGCGCCGCAGAUGCAACCGCACCACUACGCAACCUCAUGCAGUCGAUGCCUCCGCUCUUCUCUACCAUUCAUGAACAAACUGGCAUUGCACCACCAAACUGGAUGGUUCAAAUGCCACCACCGGAGAAGCAGCAUCCAGUCAACCCCCAGAAGUUUGCGGGGGUUAAGGCUAACGGGAAUUAA